UGAGUUUUGACGGCCAAAUACCAAUUAACGAACCAGCAAGUCAGCAACUACCAUACUCCAUAGUCUACGCCAAUAGAGCACAGAGAUCCAGAGAAAUUAGAAGGCAGAUGGGGAUGGCGGCGAAGGUGGCGCAGAUGGAUUGGCUGAGGGGCCAGAUUCCGGUGGAAGAUGAUGAGGAGGAGGGGCCUCUGCUACUCUCCGACGACCGCAAGACUGGUCUCGUGCUCGUUGACAUCGUCAACGGCUUCUGCACCGUCGGCGCUGGAAACAUGGCUCCACAAAAGCAGGAUGAACAAAUUGAUAGAAUGGUGGGUGAGGCAGUGAAGUUUGCCACCAUGUUCUGCUGUAGAAAGAAAUGGCCAGUUUUUGCUUUUCUUGACACUCAUCAUCCUGACAUUCCUGAGCACCCAUAUCCUCCUCACUGCAUAGCUGGAACUCCUGAAUCUGAAUUGGUUCCUGAUUUGGUGUGGUUGGAGGAUCAACCUAACGUGACGCUUCGCCGUAAGGGUUGUAUUGAUGGAUUCCUUGGUUCUCUUGAGAGAGAUGGCUCCAAUGUAUUUGUAAACUGGGUGAAGAGCAACGGGAUCAAAGCUAUAUUGGUUCUAGGAAUAUGUACAGACAUCUGUGUUCUUGAUUUCGUGUGUUCUACCUUAUCUGCAAGAAACAGUGGGAUGCUCUCCCCACUGGAAGAUGUGAUUGUAUAUUCCCCUGGCUGUGCUACUUAUGAUCUUCCGGUUGAUGUUGCUAAAAAUAUCAAAGGGGCGUUGCCUCAUCCACAGGAAAUGAUGCAUCAUAUAGGCCUUUACAUGGCCAAAGGGAGGGGAGCAAAGAUAGUAUCAGAAGUCUUAUUUGAGACCCCGGAAGAAACCUAAUCCUCAGAUAAUGGAAGUGGGCUGCUUCUGCUUCUUGCACAGAUGUUCUAAUGUUGGUUUGGUUGUCCUGAUUAAGUUAAGAUAUGAGAAAUGUCUAAACAUGUAUUGCUACUCUUGAAUGAUGGUAUACUAAUAUAAGAACCCAAUUUCUAUAUAGCAUCAAAUUGUUGUUCUUUUUUA